GACAAAUGAGUCAACAUCUCCUUUACAAAAUCGAUACUUGCUAUCGAUAGUACCUUAUGACUUUGUCGUCUGUAGCUGAUAUCCAAAAUUGUUAUGUAAAUACGUCUAAAGGGCGAAACAAUGAGGAAGUAAUGACCCAUGUUUCUUUCAAAGUUUAGUUCCUAUCUCUCGUCAGUCAGUGAAUGAAUGUCAGGGAAAUGGAGUCAAUUACCGUGUCAUCUUUGAAAAGUCCACGACUAGAGUUUAAAGAGGACGUACAGAUUCCUGUUCCAUGGGGCCACUUGUCAGCAAAAGUUUGGGGGCCUGAUGAUGGUGUUCCUGUUUUAGCAGUUCAUGGAUUGAUGGAUAACGCUGGAUCAUUUGAUACACUAGCUCCUCUGCUCCCACCUCAUGUUCGUCUUGUUUGCCUUGAGCUUUGUGGUCAUGGAUACUCAUCAGCCUACCCCCCUGGAGUGAUCCUUCAUUAUUUUGACAACGCCUAUCAUGUUAAACUUGUUGUAGAUCAUUUCAAAUGGGACCAAGUGAUCUUAAUUGGCCAUAGUAUUGGGGCCAUCACACUUUUUCUCUUUGCAUCUAUUUUCCCAGAACAUGUCAGCAAAAUGAUCAGUUUGGAUUUGGUUAAGCCGGUCUCCGUGUCCGUAUCUAAGCUACCUGUCAUCAUGAGAGGCAUUAUAACCGAAAUACUCGGAUUCUCGGAAGUUGGAUCACCAUCAACGGUAACAUAUCAGGAAGCCCGUCAGAGUCUUGUCGACAAUUACAAAGGAUCCGUCGACGACAAGGCAGCAGACGUCCUAUUAAUCCGUGGCCUGAAAAAGAAAGCUAAUGCCGAAGAUGCCUACGAGUUCCUAAUAUCUGACAUGCGAAUCCUAGUCCGUACACUCACUCUUUCCGAAGAGCAAAUCAAAGUGAUAGUUGCCAAUAUCCGUUGCCCUUUACUCAUCAUCCGAGCUUCCAAUGGCCUCAAGAACUUCACCGAAAAAACGCUUGGCGAAUAUCUCGACAUUUAUCGGUCUUCUAGCCAAGAUUUCCGCAUCGUCGAUGUAGAAGGUACCCAUCAUGUCCACCUCACACAUCCUGAACGAGUCGCACCUCACAUUCUUCAAUUUAUAUUACCUCCUCCGCUCGCUAGUAAACUUUGAUGAAACAAUCAAUUGUUUUGUUAAAUAACUACCUCAGUGUAUUUUUUACUUACAAUAGAAUAUAUCUUUUUAAAAAUGA